AUGGCGGAGGUCAUCGGUAUCGUGUCUGGCAGCCUCGCGUUCGCCGAAGCGACCGCCGGCUCCGUCCGCGGCAUAAUCCGCCUACGACAACUCUGGAACGACGUCAAGGAUGUUCCAAGAGCCAUAGAAGAGCUCAUGACGCAGAUCGAAGGCCUCGACCAUAUUCUCUGGAGCCUAGAAAGGAACUGCAAUGAUGAGACCUUGUUUCUAUCCUCAGCCGACGAUGAAAUGCUCAAAAAAAGCACACAUUACUGUCGCCAGACGUUGAACCAGUUUACGCGACUUGUUGACGAUUUGACGUUCGAUGUGAAAGCCGCGAGAGGUUUCUCUAGAAGGACCAAGGCAAAGCUCAUGGUCGUCCUCAGCAAGAGCACCCUGGCGCAGUAUGAGCAGAGAAUGCGAGAUGCCAUCCUUAACUUGGGCAUAGCACAGUCGUUCUGCACACAAGAACUUGUGAAGACAAACAUCAAACUGGCCAUUGAGACGAAAAUGGUGCUCACACAGGGAUAUACGAAUGCCCAUGUCUCGACAGCAUCAGUUGGUGCCGCCCGGGAUGAAAAGUCCAUACUUUGGAAGGCUGGUCCCGACUCAAUGUCAAAGAGCCGAUCUUUGUCAAUUUGGAAACCCCGACCAUUUCCCAAGGCUGGCCCGUUCGGGCGCUUCUCUUACGAGACGCUAGACAACGAGAGCGAGGUUGAUGAUGCCUAUCAGUCUGCGCCUCACAGUCGCUACGCCAUCCACGUUCAGCUGCCCAGCUGGCUGUUCUGCAAAGCAUGGGAUUACCAGGUGUCAAAAUCAGCCGCUGGCUGGCAGACCAAUCUGCAGGUGUGGAACAUACGACCGGAUUCGAGUCUUGUGUUCCAGUACGCAUUUGAUGGAGAAAUCGAACUUCUGCGGAAAAUGUUCAAUAAGGGCCUUGCUUCACCGUUUGAUCGUACAGACACCGGCUUGACUCUUUUGCAUGAAGCAACCAUGACAUACAGCAUCGAGCUAGUCAAGGCGCUUGUCACUAUGGGGGUUGAUGCAUUCGCCCUGAACCACAUGGGUAAUUCCGCCCUGCACACGGUCGGUUAUCUGUUUCCCAGAAGGGUAGUUUUCGGAUGGACUGAACCUACGACGCUUGCGGAGCCAAAGCUACUCGAGCUUCGAUACGGCCCGCGGCCGGAGGACUGGGACCUGAUAUGGGACAUGGAUGUCGAAGAGUUUGCUGGCGACUUUUGGGAGAUGAUUGAUGAAAUGCCUCUUCCGAUGCCAGGCGCCUGGGUGGAUGACUGA